UGUAACGUUACCAGCCUCUCCUCCGUCUGUUGCAUUGUCUCAUUGGGGACGCAGCGACCAGAGCGCAGCACCAUGGUUAGACUACUCCACUCCACUGGACCGGGGAGAUUAGGAGUGAUAUAAAGAGGGACGGUGUCAAAGAGGAAAUCAAGCCAAGAUUCAUGAGAGACAUGGCUCGUUGAUUUUUGAUUCGGUGCACCAGAGGAUCCAUUCCAGUCUUGUGCCAGUCAGCAGGGCUGCCUUAGGCUUAGUGCUGCAUGGCAUGUUAGAUAUGGUGAGGAUGAUAUUUGGUAACUAAAACGGCUACGAAAAUGGAAUCGCUUACAACGACAGUGUUUCCUGAGUCCGGACCUUAGCCCAUUCAGCCCCCCUUAGCACGGAAACAGCGCUGGUCAGUGGUGCGCCCGGUUCCCCCCUGCCGGCCGGGCACCCCGACGAGGAUGGCCAGCCGCCGCGGCUGCGUGAACUCGCUUUGGUCGGGCACCGAGCGCGUCCGCAUCGGAGAGCGCCUCAGAGCGACCCUGGCCGGGGUGCUGGAGCUAGAGGUGCUCAGGUGCAAACACCUGGAGAUGGUGGACUGCGCUCUUGAGGACAGAGCCCACGCUGCCGCCAACGCAGAAGAAGAGCCACGGGUGGGGAAGGAGGAGGAGGAGGAGGAGGAGGAGGAGGAGGAGGGGAGCGGGACCCCUGAGAUCGCCGCCACGGAUGCCGAGCAUGGCACUGCGACAUCCCGCAGGCAACAGGCUCCAUCUCACUCAGAUAACGUGGUUAUGCCCUGUCGGAGCAGCCAGGAGGACUGUAGCAGUAGUUCAGGCGAAGGGAUGGGCCACACCUCAUCUGGCAGGGGGAGUAACUCCCGCUGGUCAACACUGUCCUGGGAUGCUCCCUCUGAUCUGCUCUCUCCACCAACACCUGACGCCUGUGGUAUGAUCCAUCUGGACAGUGACUCCCGACCCAGUUCAGGUAAACUUACAAACACUCACAUACUACUUGACACUACUAGUAGAGUGAUCAAAAGCACCUGCCUAAGGUGCAGUGCAGCAGCAGCAGCAGCAGCAGCCUGCACUGCAGAACAGCCAGGAGGAUACACUGACAGAAGAUACCCAGUUACAGUCCAAAGUGACCUGAGCAAAACUGGCCUGAGCUUUCUGGCCGACCUCUGCUCAGAACUUGGUGACUCCCUGAUUCCUUCUCUCCUCCCACUUCUUGACCCCACAUCCCCGUCAGGCACCACUUCCUUCAAUCUACAACCCCAGCUGGACCGUCGCUAUUGCACAGACCUGGUAUCCCGUCGGACCAAAGAGGUGUAUCCUUAUCCAAGCCCACUGCAUGCCGUUGCCCUACAGAGCCCCCUCUUCACCUCCCAGAGCCAAGAGCAAUCACCAUCUCAAAGCCCUGAAGGAGCCCACCUAGAUGACCAACAAGACUCCAACACGGAUCCGACUUUGCCUCUCCAGCCUCACAAGCCCACUGCUUCACCUUCUUUCACCCAGCUGGAGCAAUACAUAUGUCGACUGGCUCACCAGUAUCACAGUAGGUUAACCACCUCCACCUCAGAUAUUGCUUCAGCUGCAACCUCUGGCGCUGUCACAAACAGAGGCUUUUUCACACCUGGCAAAAGUCACGGUUCCACCCAGUCCCUUUCUGCCUUCGAGAGCCGCAAUACACUCAGCAUCACUCCCUGCAAGUCGCUGCUUGGAAACUCUGCCAGAGUCAGCCUCAGCACUACCGGGAAAAAAGCAACAAGGAAUUCAAUCAACCUAGGUAACUUACCUUCAGCAACUGGAGAGGACUUGAAUAUAAAUCUACACCUCAACCUCAACUUGAACCUGACUCCUGGAUUAAAUUCCAGCCAGGCACUGGUGGACAAUUCCAAAAAUGGCAGUUGUGGAGCUUUAAGGAGUGACUUUGCUGCUACCUCCACCACCUCUGCUACACCACUAUCCUGUGCUACACCCACCCCAGCACUUAGACCUCGCCCUCGCAUUUCAACAUGUCCAAGCAGCUUGAGCCACCGCAGUUCCCUGGAAGUCCCUUCAGGGCCUGGACCUAUUUCAGCAUUUGGGUCAUCUGCCUUCUGUCACUCGUUAGACUGGAGCAGCGGUGCUCCCAACGACACUGGACCAUCAGUGUUUGGUACUAACUCUGGAUCAGCUCCUGGGUCUCAGCGCAGCAGCUUGAUCCAAGAGUACAGUUCCAGUCCCAAGGUCCAUGAAGACUCCCCCAUGGUGGAGGAGAUCUCCCGCCUCUCGGGACUGUCAAGGGCUGUUGUGGUCGGUCUGAUGGAACAAGGUGUGGAGCUGGACAUUGACUGCUUUCAAACAGAUUCUGCAGGCGAGGUGAGGGGUCACAGUAAAACUCACCUGACAGCUCAAACAGAUCAGUCACAUGACUAUGCUAGACUGACUGACUUGAAUCCCCAGAGGCCAAUACAAUUGUCUCUCAGUGUGACCCAUUCUCCCCAGUCUCAGUCCAGCCUGACUCCCCCUCUCUCACACUCCAGCAGCCCCAUUCACCCCUAUCAUUCCAACCUUAUUCCCUCUCCCCACUACUCUUCACAUUACCAUUACCAGCAGACCCCUUCCCCAUCAGACAUGCCCUCUUCUACAGCAUCCUCUCCUGCGUCCCGGCCAAACCCCAGGGGCCGCUCACCUCCUCGGCCUCUCCAGCCAUCCCCUCUGGGUGCCACCCCGCUGUCUGUUUUCCGUCGGGACGCGCCCUUCCAGUGCUCGCUGCCUCGCACCAAUAUGAGGAGCUCUCCUUUGGAGCACGGCGGUAUUCAACAUAGGGGUGGAUCCCUUCGACAGAGUGGGGGAGUGGGCACAGGUAGUGGUGGGUGGAAGAGAUCGGAGGGGGAGGGGCUUUACAGAGGAAAGCAUGCCUCUCACAAGUUGGUCAGGGCAGCUACAGUAAGCAGCUACAGCAAGAGAGAGAACUAUCACUCAGAUUGGGGGGAAGAGCAGGAGAUGGAAUUAUCAACAGCCCAGACUCCCAGGAAGACAUCCAUCAAACUCUUCGGGGGCUUUGAGGGAAGCAUGUGGGGGAAAGAUUCGGAAAGCAAAAAGGAGGAGAUGGACAGAGCUGAGUAUGGCUAUGGAUGGAGGAGGAACAGUGUUGGAAGCUGGAGGAAGAGCAUCGAAAGCUGAAGGCUUCAUCCGGCAGUAAUGACAAGAAGCCAAAGGUAGAUAACUCCCCCAUUUUCCAGAAGAAAAGGGGGAAGGAUGAUGGGGAGAGACGCAGCUCCAGUCUCAGGCUUUCCAGGAGAGCUUUGUUCAGGAGCGAGUCCCAAGGCUUGUUGAUGCCUCGUAACCACAGCAAGGAGCCCACAAAGCGGGCACACUGGGUCUCCUCAUUAGAUGUCGGACAAGGCGGUAUGUACAUCAGUAAAGGUGAAGGGGUCAGACUGCUGCGAGCAAAAGAGGAAGACAAACACCUGUCCUCCACGGCCAGUCUCUUUAACCUCUCUCGUUCUCAGAGUCUUGAAGGCAGCUGCCACUCCGUCUCCCCUCUCUCCUCACCUUCCUUUUCUCCAUCUCCUCCUCUGCAGAUGCCCCUCCAGCGCUCUCGAUCUCUAAGAGACUUGGGAAGGAGAGUGUUUGGCUCAAUGAGGUCCCUGAGUCUUAAACGGAAGCCAUCCAAAAAGUGACUCUUGUAUAAUAGAUGAACAUUUCAGUAAAUGUAUUUUCAAUGUGUUGCGUUCAGAACACUACUAAUGGAUUGUAUUAUAGUUCAUGUAAAACAAAGUGCCACCAUUUUAAGAAUUUAAGCUUCCAAGAUAAAUGAUUGAUACAAGUACAAAUUCUGGUCAUUAAUUAUCUGCAAGUCCCUUUAUCAACCAUCAAUUGAGUCUUAUCAAUUCAAUUUGUUCUGGGGCUUAGACAUUCACUCAAAUCCUUUGUACAUUUUGAAAACAUGUUGAUGUUUUAUAGCCACCCAAAUCUGCCAAAUUCUCCCAAACUGGAUCUGUAGCAUAAUCUGUGUGCUUCGUAUCGAGUGCACUGCCUCCAAAAGUUCUCCACACUGGCAAUAUAUUGUAGUAAACUUUGUAACCUACAGUAGAAUGAAAAGGCACUGUAGGAUGCAGCGUUGCCCACCAACAAUUGUCAGCAAUUGAAACAUAGAUGACAACUUCCUUUAAAACUACAACCCUUAAUAAAAUUGGUAUCAUUAUGAGUAUCAGGGGAGUUUUACAGUAUAUAUGCUGCUUCAAACGAUUUGACAUUACAACAUCAUUCUGGGAUUGUUUUGUGGCUAAAAUGUAGCCUGAUUGGAAGUUAUUGAAUAUAGAUUAAAGAUAUGUUCAAUGAGCAGUAAGCACUAAGCAGCUUUGUUACAUAAUGACUGAAUCCUCCGAUAGACCUGAGUAUGAAUGUGUUUGUGUACAUUCCUCUUCUGCAUGCUGCUCUGUAACUCGUUCAGUAAUUAUAGCUAUUGUGAGAGUGGGAUUUUCUUGAUGUUUAUUGGCAAUAUUGCCUCUGAAGUACAAUCAUAUUGGCAAGACAAUGACCAAAACAAAGCAAAUACUCUUUAACUUGACAUAGUGCUCAGGAUUUUCAAAUAAAUAUUGAAUCAUUAAUACUGCUGAGUUAUUUAAGACAAAAUGUGUCUUCAUGGCAAAUCAUGAUUAAAAUAUAUGUAUAAUGAAA